CACAACAAGACUAAACUACCCAUCUCUAUGAAAAUAUAAUUAUAUUUACAAAUUCUUUGAAAAAGAAAACAUCAGCUCGACAUCAUCGACAAAAUUGACGUAAAACUGUAAUAAGUUGUCUUCUUCGACUUGGCAAUUUCCACCUUGUAAAGACGGGCGGCAAAAUAAUCCCACGCUACUCAAGGCCGAAUACCCAAAUCAGGGGAAUAUCAACGCAAUCAGGAAAGGCAGUGGUGUCCAGUAACAUCUAGUAUUUUUAGGAUGGACCUACUAAAAAAUAUAGAUAACAAAGAAAUAUUUGUCGAGGUUCUUCAUUUGGCUGUAGAUUACCUAAUUGGAAAUAUAACGGAGAAACAGACGCUACGUCUAUCGCACAAAUAUGGAUUUCAAAACCCAUACGAUUUUUUGCUGGCCACUCGAACUUUAUCGACUUACUACAUGAACUACAACUUUGAUAUCAACAGAGCCGAGUCGUCAACGUUAUUUUCCUACCUUAGUCCUGAAAUGAACCGGCUUGUGCCGAUAGUGCUUGCAGCACGUCAACCAGAGGUAGUAACACACAAGUUUGAAUGCUCCAAAAGGACCAUGUUUUUCAUGGAGUCCUUUUCUUGGGAUACACGGUUAAUAUUAGGAGACAGUAGCUUCGGUGAAAAUGUUCAUCAAGUAAUUACUCUGAACAUGAGCUGCCGGCAAAACAAAAACAAAACAAUUGUAUUUUUUGAAAUGAAUAAGAAAAAUAUAAACUCCUUCAUAUGCUUAUUAGAGAAUAUACUUGCAAAAUAGAAAGCAGUAAACGUUCAUUUAAUAUUUAAUAACAUCUUAAUUUUAUACUUAUUGUUUAUUUGUAAUAUUUUCGUGCGUAAAAAUCAAUAAUUGUUCACUAUUAUUUACAUUCAUAUGCU